AUGACGAAUGAUCCUGAGCAUUCUCCUCCAGCGCAGGCUGCCGACACCGCUGAAGAGCAGGUGGCGCCUCUGGAAGCUGAAGCCCCGUCUGACGGCGGCUCGGCAAUUGUGGUUACUGAUGAUGAACUGUCCACUGCGUCGUUGCGCUCAAGCAUUCGCGAAUACCACAUGAUCAAUGGUCGUGGAUAUCACCGAGAUGAGAAAUACUAUCUCCCUAGCGAUGAGCAUGAAUCAGAACGACUAGGUCUUCAAAACCACCAACUUCUUUUAACAUUUGGUGGCAAGAGGUAUUUCGCUCCCAAUGCUGAGACAGCCAAGCGAGUCCUUGAUGUCGGUACGGGCACAGGAGUUUGGGCGGUCGAGUUCGCCGACGACCAUCCUCAUGCUCAGGUCUUUGGCAUCGAUAUUGCCGCUAUCCAGCCAACCUUUGUCCCCCCCAACUGCACUUUUGAGAUUGACGAUGCCGAGAAGGAUUGGACUUGGAGUCAAAAGUUUGACUACAUCUUUGUACGCCUCAUGGUCGGCAGUUUGGCCGACUGGGACAAGUUUACACGCAAAUGCUUUGAAAACUUGGAACCAGGAGGCUGGCUUGAAGUCAUUGACCCUACUUUCCCCGCUAAAUCAGACGACGGAACACUCAAGCCCACUUCACCCUUGAACAGAUGGGACGAACUAACCUCCAAGGGCGCCGCAAACCUCGGGCGUCCCUUUGACGAAGGCGUAAACCACGAAAAGCGCCUCAAAGAACAGGGCUUUGUCAACGUGACGCGAAAGACGUUCAAGUGGCCUAUUAACACCUGGCCCAAGGAUCCAAAGUACAAGGAGAUUGGACUUUGGACUCUGGCCAACAUUGAGAGAAAUCUUGAAGCCAUCAGCACGAUCCUGUUGGCGCAUGGGCUUGGUAUGAGCCAGGAUGAAAUUUUGCUUUUCCUUUCUGAGGUGAGGGCCGAGAUGCGGAAUCCGAGGGUUCAUGCUUAUUGGGAAGUUUUUGUGGUUACUGGGCAGAAGCCGGAAUAG